CUCCCCAACACCAUGGACACACUCGACCAAACAGAAUGGGACGUGGUGAUCGUAGGGACUGGCCUGCAGCAGUCCCUGCUUGCCCUGUACGUCUUUCAGCGCAUGUUUGAUGACUUUACGCCAUCUGACUGACGCAGCACCUGAAGAGCCCUGUCGCGCUCAGAGAAGAAGAUCCUACACGUCGAUGAAAAUGAUUACUAUGGCGGUGCAGAGGCUGCUUUCAGUCUACAAGAGGCCGAGUUGUGGGCGAGCAAGAUGAAUGAUGAUUCACCCGACGCUACCUUUUCCCAAGUGUCUGCCUCGCAAACUGCACCUCCCGACGCCGUUACUAUAGCAUCCCCUCUGCGUGCAUCAAGAGCAUACAGUCUUGCGUUAAGCCCCCAGCUUAUAUACGCUCGAUCAACCCUCCUCCAGUUUCUUGUCUCUUCCAAAGUCUAUAGACAGCUGGAGUUCCUCGCUGUUGGGAGCUGGUGGGUCUACUCACCCGCUUCACAUGCUUCUGGUAGCACAGGGGCAGAGGAAUCCCCUCGUCCUGCACAACUUCUUAAGGUCCCAAAUGGCAGAGAAGACGUGUUUCAAGACCAAGUACUUGAUUUCAAGGCAAAGCGUGCGCUGAUGAAAUUUUUGCGUUUCAUCAGCGAGUAUGAAGAGGAGCCUGAGAUAUGGCAGCCUCAUCGAAACAAAGCUUUUCAUAGCUUCCUCUCGGAGCAGUUCAAGGUACCUACUACCUUGCAUUCGCCACUGCUAGCUCUCACGCUCUCCGUGGCUAGUCCUGAAGACACCACUACAGAGUUUGCACUACCACGCAUAGCCAGACACCUUCGGUCCAUUGGCGUCUUCGGUGCUGGGUUCGGUGCCGUCAUACCAAAAUGGGGUGGUAUGUCUGAAAUCACCCAAGUCGCGUGCCGUGCUUCGGCAGUCGGCGGUGGAGUCUACGUCCUUGGAAAAGGAUUAGAUACUUCCUUUAUGCCUACCGGAGAUGCACACAAUACAGCUUCUGAUGUCAAGCUUCGCCUGAAAGACGGUGAAAUUGUCACCGCAAAGUGCGUAGUUACUGAAGGAUCGGGGCAUCAAUCUCGGGACUUGGCUUGCUCCAGGUCCAUCACAAUUGUCUCCUCAAGCCUCGACACUUUGUUCCCCCCAAUAGCGGAAGAGGCACCUGCGCCAGCCGCUGCGGUUGUUGUCUUCCCUGUUGGCUCGGUAUCACUGCUCAAAGAUUCCAAUGACGCACGUAACACUGCGCCCAUUCACAUCUUCGUUCACUCAAGCGAUACAGGGGAAUGUCCACCUGGUCAAAGCAUACUUUACGCGUCCACUUCUACAGUCGGUGAGCCUGGCCUAGCUAGCCUCAAAAGCGCUGUCGAUGCUUUGCUUGCAAUAGUAGACGUCACACCCAGCCCAGUCAUCCUUUGGACCUGCCAAUACGUACAACAGAGCGGAGGAAUGUCACAGCCAAGUUCAUCUGAUCAAAUACUUACCUUCCCCCCGGCCCCAAUGGAUUUGGCCUUCGAUGACUCCAUCUUGGAUCAAGUCAAUGAGAUCUGGUCGAAAAUUAUGGGCGCUGACGCCGGAGAGUUCAUGGUCUUCGAAGACAGGGAAGCCAAUCUGGACGAGGAUUGAUAAUCAACGGGUCUGAGAUUGAUAAUAUGAUCCAUAUAUGAACUUACGCGUAUAAACGAUAAUGCAAUCCUUUUCGACUACAUAUGCCAUACAGUCUCCCAAAAAAAGUCGUCCUAUGAAUAAGUAGCACAUUAAGCCUUCAUGUCGUGUCCCCUUGCAUCACAUCUAUCCGACACAGAUAAUGGCUCAAAGCAUAAGACAGGGUGAACAUACCAAGUUGAAGUAAACGAUAUUCCCGCCAAAACAGAAUGAAAAGCAUCUUCUACAACAG